AGACGUCAAUUCGUUCUAAAGAAAACACUACACUACUAGGAAAGCGCCAGUUGCCUCGACAACUUUUCUAGAAAAUUAUAGUUUCGAUUUCCAGUCGGGCAAUACACGCAAAUUUCUCCACAUUUCAUUGGUAAUUUACAUUUUUGCCUUUUUACUACAUAAUUAAGAUAAGAAUAAAAUAUUCGACAGACUUAAACACGCGCUCUAAAAUGUCAAAGAAACCUAAAAAAUAACAAAAUUCCAUAAUUCCUAGAACCCAUUCGAAGCCAUACAGAUAAAUGAAAUCAAGUGGGCCGCGUCAAAAUAUUUUGUAAAGGGAAAAUUUACACGAAUUUCUAUAUUAAUUUCGUAAAUUUUAAUUAUAAUGGACACAAUCACGGCCGACCAGCAUAAUGACUUGGAUCUUAUAAAGAAGAUGGAGGACGAACAUUUAAGGCUGCAGAGACAAGUCCGUAUGGUGCAAGCAGACAGACUGCACCGCUCGAUGGGCGUCCAUCCGCAGUUUAAGAGACAAGACCAGCAGCUCAGAAACCUGAAGAAAGAAUAUAUCAACCUCAUCAAGGAUCUGAAGAUAGCGAGUUCCGGAGCUCACAAGACGAACAAUAAAAAAAUGAAAUGCGACCUGAACAAUGCUUUGCUACUAAGAACUAAAUCAGAGGUGGAAUGCGAAGAGGGCGUGACAAUGAUGAAGCAGAUCGACAAACUGCUGCGAAGGAAUAGCAAAGAAAUGCUGCGUUUGAGGAAACUGGCGAACACCACGGAAGGACAGUUAGACGAAAGAAGAUGCCAAAGCGAGCACCGGUUAGUCUCCACUGAAAACCAGCUGGAGACGGCAAUGCUACGGUUCAACGCUGUCCAGUUCGAAAACAAGAAGAUAAGGGAAGAGAUAGAACAUAUGCUGCAAGACAGGGCAAUAUUCAAUCAAGCCUGGAGUAAGAUGAUGCACGCGCUAAACAAAGGCAAGAAGUUCCUGACGGACCUGUUUGAGUCCUCGACCCUCGCCUACGACCAGAGAGACGAGUGGUGCGCGAAGCUCAGGUCUGUGCAGGAGAAGGGGAAGAUGGAUCAGAUGUUACAAAUGCAGGAAAUGCGAGAGUUGCAGAGAGCAUUCGACAAUGAAUUAAAGGUCUUUAACUUCCUCGCCAAGAAGGGACUCAUUCGUAUUAAUGAGAAGCAAGAGGAAAGAGAAGCAGAACAGAAAAGAUUAGAAGAAGAAGAAACGAUAAAACAAUACGAUAUUCACGUUAAAAUUUUGGAAGAAAUCACUAGCUACACACUAGAAACGAAUAUCAGUAAAAUCAUAGAAGAUUUCGUCAAGCGAGAAUUCCAUAAUUUCUCUAUCUACCAACUGCUGACAGAAUUUUGUGCUGAGAAUGAAGUGCUGACGCGUGACGUCCAGAAGAUUAAGCGAGAUAUAGUGGAUCGCCGAGACUGGAAUGAAAUGAUGGAAUCAAAAAGAGAAGAGAAACUUAACAAGUUGCGGCAGCAAGUAGAAGAACAGAAGAGCAGGACCGAAACAUUAAGAAGCAAAGUAGAAGGGAAGGUACAGCUUCUUACAACAACUAUGGAAAAAAUAGGAGAAUUGUUCAAAAUGCUGGAUUGUAGUCUCGACCCGUUCCAGAAACUUCUAGGGGACAAGGGGCCCACUCUUCAACAGCUCAAUCUCUCCCUACAUCUUAUCGCGGACAAAAUCAAGGAGAACAUCGAAAUCGUCUAUUACUUUGAACGAGUCUUACAAAAGAAGUUGAAAUCCAGUGCCUCACGACUGAAGAAAUACACGGUGUACGCAGAACCAUCUGGACGUUUCACACCUGUUCCUAUUAACGUGAUGGUCCCAGCUGAUCCUUGUCCGGCGAAUAACCUCUCCCAGUUGCGUGGAAGCCCGCUGGCUAUCCCGCGUGUGCGACGCGCCGGAGACCCCGCUCGACAGGCAGCGCAGUGUGCGCGCGCUGCGCGAGCUGGCCGCCGACCCCGCCUUCGUCCGCAGCGACCGCGUGCACGCGCUGCCACAGUGCCGCGUGCCCGCCAGCAGGCUCAUACUCGCGCGCCGGUACAUGAACCAGUGACAAAAAAUAAAAAAAACACCACGACCGCCAUGCCUUGGCCGGUUUGAAGUUUGAUUUUGCGGUCACGGUGAAGUAUCCCUACUGCGCCUGAUGAUGCCAGGGAAAUCUAGGGACUUCUAAUUAAGGUGGAAAUGUAAAUGGGUUGAAUAUUUUUAAUACGUGUACGGAACAAUGCCUCCACUGCAUCUAAUGGUAAGUGUAGUGGGGUCUAACAGAAU